AGACGAAAUAGGUGCCAUGCAGGUCGCUUUGGAACAAGAGAUGUACGACGUGCAUCGAAGCUUGAAUGCGCUCGUUCCAGUGAACAUGCUCCCCGUGGAGCUCAUCGUCGACAUCUUACUCUACGUCUACGAGGCCGCAUUCGCCGAGCCCGGUGCGGCAGGCACUAUUUCAAGGUGGCUCCACGUACCAUCUGUUUGUCUUCACUGGAGGGAGGUCGUCUUCUCCACCCCGGUCUUCUGGCGUUACAUCAAGGUCGGCGAUUCCCUCGACUGGUUGUCGCACUCUCUAUCUUGUGCUGCAAACGGCCCUGUGGAGAUCUACUUCCAGGAACACGCGAACCCUUCAUGGAUCUAUCUGGAUGGGCUCAUACGACCACAUCUAUCUUCCAUCCGCCUGCUCUCUCACACUGACGUGGGGAUAGUUUCGCUGGCUCACCUGGAUUCGUUUCUCGCGAGCCCCAUGCCCGCGCUCGCUACACUCCGUAUGGAAUGUCAGGACGAGGGGCCCAAGAAGACCGUAUCUAUUCCGCGCCAUCAAAUGCCCCUUCUCACCUCUCUGACGCUGAAAGGCUUCAACCUCGUAAAGGCGAGCGUCUCGACGUUCACCGAUCUCCACCAUCUC